AUGUCAAGAGCAAGAAAGUUAAGAGGAUUGUCGCCGAUAGAUGAGGAAAAUUUAUCUCCCGACAAACCGGACUUAUUGCAAACGUCCAUGAAGCCAGUGGCACCUGGAUUUAUCGAAAGGAAUUCUUAUCCAUCGUCUUCUCCUAGCUCAUCCAUAUCGAUUUCGUCAAUGUCAAAUUCAUUCGAGCUCAGAGAGCUUGGAAAAGUCCGAAAAAGAGAUGCCUCUCCGGAAACAAUUAAAUCAGUUAUAAAUAAUAUGUUUUAUAAGCGCAAGUCAGUUAUGAAUCAUAGUGUUAUAAUGUCACCGCAAUCUCUAUCGGAUAUAAACAAUGAUCAUGUGAUAGGCUUGCAGAAUGAUAAAUUGAAGGAGAUCAAUUUGGAAGAAUUGAAGUCAUCAUCAGUGAAAGGAGAUUCAAUACCGGAGGCGGAAUUGCGUCAAGAUAGAUCAAUAAAUUUGGAGGAGAGUAAUGUAGAAGAAAACUUUUGGAAAAAAACUAAUUUGGAACAAGGACAAACUCAAGAAGCAGCAGCCGUAAAAAAUGAAAAGUCAUUUCAUCCUAUGAAAAUUCGACCCGCCGGAAUUGAAGAGAAAUUGCCAAAGAUAAUCGGAAAAUUCGUGCAACCAGAAAAUCCAAGAUUGUUGAAAGUUGCAGUGUUAGGAACACCAAAUGCAGGUAAAUCAACAUUAUUAAACGCCUUGCUGGGUGAAACGGUUUCGAUAGUAUCUGAAAAGGCGCACACAACUCGAGAAAGGAUUUUAAUGGUGUUGACAGAAGGAAAUAUGCAAAUAAUUGACCUAUUACCUCAAGCGAAACGUGUGAAUAUGUUACUAAGCUUGGAAGAGAAAUUUAAGAAUCAAUAUUCUUUCUUCAAAGAAACUGUUUUCAUCUCAGCGCUCGAGAGAAGAGGGUUGGAUAAGUUGAAAGAAAUCCUAUUUUGGCAUUCAUAUGAUCAAGAAUGGGUAUACCCAGCAGACGUCAAGACUGAGAUGGCCGAUUUAAAGAGAGUCGAAGAUCUCAUCAGAUGUGAAUUGUUGGAUAAUUUACAAAGCUAUUUGUCAUAUAUUGUUAAGCAGCUCACAGACCUAGGAGUCAACCCGGCAAGCAUCGGAUUCAACUAUUUAACAAUGGAGUCUGACCGUUUCAUAUGUGUGCGUGAAACAUUGGAAACCGCAAAACAAGUUGUCAUAGUUGAUCUCAAUGAUCUCCAAAACGUUAUGAAACGACCAAUCACGGCAGAUUCUGCAAUAAUGCAUCCCACUUCCAAGAUCCUGGCUUUGAAAUCUCAAAAACAGCUUCAAAUUUUCAACCUUGAGUUGAAAGCAAAGGUUAAAUCUCACUUGAUGAGUGAAGAUGUGGUAUUUUGGAAAUGGAUUAAUAUCAAAACGUUAGGACUUGUAACGUCAGCUGCCGUCUACCAUUGGUCGAUAGAAGGAGAGUCAGCACCGAUGAAAGUUUUUGAUAGGCAUGUGAGCCUCUCUGGCUCUCAAAUUAUCAAUUAUCGAGUAAACUCGGAUGAAAAAUGGAUGGUCCUUAUUGGUAUAUCGGCGGCAGCGGACCAAAGGGUUGUUGGAAACAUGCAACUAUUCUCGAAGGAUCGUCAAGUUAGUCAACCUAUUGAAGGGCAUGCCGCGGCAUUUGCUACAAUAUUGUUGGAAAAUGGUGUUUCUCCAACAAAGUUAUUUGCAUUCUCCGUAAGAAAUUCAAGUGGCGCGAAACUACAUAUCGUUGAAGUUGACCACAAGGAUGAAAACCCUCAAUUCACAAAAAAGGCUGUUGAUGUCUUUUUCCCUGGCGAGGCUGGGGGUGAUUUCCCUGUUGCUAUGCAAGUCAGCUCAAAAUAUAAUAUCAUCUUUCUUGUUACUAAGUUUGGAUAUAUUCACCUAUACGACUUGGAGAGUGGUACAUGCAUCUUUAUGAACAGAAUAAGUAGUGAUACGAUCUUUGUAACUACGGAACACGAGGCGACCAGUGGAAUCAUCGGUGUUAAUCGAAAAGGCCAGGUGCUGUCCGUCUGUGUAGAUGAUACCAAAAUUAUUCCUUACAUAAUUAAUACACUUAAUCAUCCGGAAUUGGCGAUGAGGAUAGCAACGAGGUGCAAUUUAUCAGGUGCAGAAGAUCUUUAUGUGCAAAAGUUCACGGGCUUAUAUCAACAGGGUGCAUAUAGCGAAGCUGCCAAGGUGGCAGCUAAUUCUCCGUUGGGUGUUCUUCGUACGCAACAAACGAUUGAAUUUUUUAAGGCAGUUCAGGUGCCGCCGGGCCAACUAUCUCCGAUCUUGCAGUAUUUUGGUAUCCUCUUAGAGAAGGGUGAACUUAAUAAGUACGAAUCCUUGGAAUUGGCGCGACCUGUCUUGGCUCAAGGCCGUAAGCAAUUGUUGGAAAAAUGGCUAAAGGAAGAUAAAUUGGAAUGUAGUGAGGAACUCGGCGACGUAGUUCGUCAACAUGAUCUCACCUUGGCUUUAUCGGUAUACCUUCGCGCCAAUGUACCGAACAAGACUAUCGCAUGUUUUGCCGAGACAGGCCAAUAUUCUAAGAUCAUCCUUUACGCAAAGAAAGUUGGAUUUCAACCUGAUUAUUUCACGCUUUUGCAAAAAAUCAUGAGACUUGAUCCCGAAAAAGGUGGUGAAUUUGCUGCGAUGCUGGUUAAUGAUGAGAAUGGACCUUUGGUCGAGAUUGAACGUGUCGUGGACGCCUUUAUGUCACAAAACUUGGUUCAACAAGCAACCGCAUUCUUGUUGGACGCUCUAAAAGAUAACAAGCCGGAGCAAGCACACUUACAAACCAGGUUACUUGAAAUGAACUUACUGAAUGCUCCACAGGUUGCCGAUGCGAUUUUCAGCAAUGGAAUCUUUACUCAUUAUGAUAGAGCAUCCAUUGCUUCACUUUGUGAAAAAGCUGGUCUGUUACAAAGGGCCUUGGAACAUUACACUGAACUCACUGAUAUAAAGCGUUGCAUCAUUCAUACUCAACUUCUAGAUACAGAAUUUUUGAUAAAUUACUUUGGUAAUCUGUCGGUCGAACAAUCCUUCGAAUGUUUGAAUGAGAUGCUUAAAUUCAAUAUUCGACAAAACUUGCAAAUCGCGGUUAAAAUUGCCACAAAAUAUUCGGAGCAACUGCAGCCUUAUAAUUUGAUCGAGUUGUUCGAAAGAUACAAGGCCUACGAGGGUCUGUACUACUAUCUUGGGUCUAUCGUGAAUAUUAGCACCGAUCCAGAUGUUCAUUUCAAGUACAUUCAGGCAGCUGUGAGGACUGGGCAAAUCAAAGAAGUCGAAAGAAUAUGCCGUGAAAGUCUGACAAAGUACAUCGAAGUCUACGUACAAAAAGUUAAUCCCGGUCGCACCCCGGUAGUCAUUGGAGGCCUUCUUGACGUUGACUGUGAUGAGACGAUAAUCAGGGGUCUUCUGAUGUCUGUUACGGGCCCUGUACCUAUUGAUCAACUCGUCCAAGAGGUCGAAAAGCGUAAUCGACUUAAACUUCUUCUGCCAUGGUUAGAACAGCGUGUUAAUGAAGGAAGUCAGGAUACCGCUGUUUAUAAUGCGCUAGCCAAGAUUUAUAUUGACAGUAAUAAUAACCCUGAAGCUUUCUUAAAAGAUAAUGCGUUCUAUGAUUCUCUUGUCAUUGGCAAAUAUUGCGAAAAACGCGAUCCGCACCUCGCAUUCAUAGCUUACCAACGUGGCCAGUGUGAUUAUGAGCUCGUUAAAAUCACAAACGAAAAUUCGAUGUUUAAGCACCAAGCGCGAUAUUUAGUAAAGCGUCGUGACGUAGAUCUCUGGGCACACGUCCUUGAUGCGAACAAUAUUUAUCGCAGACAGCUGAUUGAUCAGAUAAACGCGGUUGCUCUUCCUGAAUCAAUAGAUCCGGAUGAUGUUUCCGUCACCGUUCAAGCCUUUAUGGCUGCCGACCUUCCACUGGAGUUAAUAGAACUGUUGGAAAAACUUAUCUUAGAGAAAACUGCUUUUAGUGAUACCAAACCCCUCCAAAAUCUCCUCGUCCUCACAGCGAUUAAGGCUGAUGCUGCCAAAGUGAUGGAUUACAUACAUAAGCUUAAUAAUUUUGACGCCCCCGAAGUUGCCGAGAUCGCUAUCAAGCAUAAUUUAUAUGAAGAAGCAUUUGCGAUAUAUAAAAAAUAUUCGGAAAAUACUAGCGCCAUAAAUGUAUUGAUUGAACAUAUUGGCAGUAUCGAUCGUGCGUCCGAAUUCGCCGACAAAUGUAAUCAACCGGAAGUGUGGAGUCGCUUGGCAAAAGCACAAAUCGAGGGUUUGAGAAUCAGAGAUUCGAUAGAAUCAUAUAUUCGUGCUGACGAUCCUAACAAUUUCACGGAAGUUAUUGACAUUGCUUCUCGAGCCGGCAAACACGAGGAUCUCAUCAAAUACUUACAGAUGUGCCGAAAAAAACUUCGUGAACCUUUGGUUGAUAGUGAAUUACUGUUCUCAUUUGCAAAGACGGAACGGUUCAAUGAUCUCGAAGAAUUCCUUAAUACACCCAAUGUUGCGCAAAUACAAUUAAUCGGGGAUCGAUGUUAUAAUGAUGGUCUAUAUGCAUCUGCAAAAAUCUUGUUUCAAAGUAUUUCAAAUUGGGCUAGAUUGGCUUCCACCCUAGUGCACUUAGGGGAAUAUCAAGCUGCCGUCGAUGGUGCCCGCAAGGCCAGCAGCACAAGUGUUUGGAAAGACGUUAACCAUGCCUGUGUGCAAAACAAGGAAUUUCGAUUGGCACAUAUCUGUGGUCUCAACCUAAUCGUGCACGCAGAAGAAUUGCAUGAUGUAAUUCGGUUGUAUGAGCAUAAUGGUUACAUAGAUGAAAUAUUGAGCUUGCUUGAAGCCGGAUUAGGGCUGGAAAGAGCUCAUAUGGGAAUGUUUACCGAGUUGGCAAUCCUUUAUACAAAAUAUCGACCCGAGAAAACUGAUGAACACAUACGCCUAUUCUGGUCUCGACUUAACAUAUCGAAGGUUAUUCGAGCUUGUGAUGAGGCUCAUUUAUGGAAGGAAAUGGUGUUCUUAUAUGAAAAUUAUGAUGAGUUUGAUAAUGCCGCCCUUUCAAUGAUGACUCAUGCUGCCGAUUCUUGGGAUCACUCACGAUUCAAAGAAAUUAUUAUCAAAGUUAGCAACCUCGAGAUUUAUUACAAGGCGUUGAAGUUUUAUUUGGAUGAACAUCCUCUUCUCCUCAAUGAUUUGUUGGUCUCUUUAACGCCGCGAAUUGAUCAUACCAGAGUUGUUCACAUGUUUCAAAAGUCCGAUAAUCUGCCAUUGAUCAAGUCAUAUCUGAUAUCAGUACAAGAGACGAAUAAUGAAGCCGUAAACAAUGCGUAUAAUGACAUACUGAUCGAGGAAGAGGACUACAAGUCAUUGCGGGAUUCUAUCGACAAUUUCGACAAAUUCGACAAUAUUAAGUUGGCUCAAAGACUUGAGAAACAUGAACUCUUGGAAUUUCGUCGUAUUGCAGCUCACUUAUACAAGAAAAACAAACGAUGGGAGCAAUCAAUUGCUCUGUCCAAGGAAGACCGCUUGUUCAAAGACGCAAUUGAAACUGCCAGUGAAUCUCGUUCGACUGAAAUCGCCGAAGAACUUUUGGAAUACUUUGUGCAGAUUGGGAAUAAGGAAUGCUUCACCGCCGCUCUUUACACAUGCUACGAUCUUGCUCGGCCAGAUGUGGUGUUGGAAUUGUCCUGGAAGCAUGGUCUUAGCGAUUUUGCUAUGCCAUAUUUGAUCCAGGUUAUGCGUGAAUACGUCACAAAGGUGGAUACGCUAGAAAAGGCUAAUGCUGAAAGAACUGCCAAAGAACAGGAGCGAGAGAAAAGUGAAAAUGGCAAAAGCUCCAAUGAUGCGUCCAAUCGGGUUAGGAAAUCCACUUAUGCUUACCCAAGGGCCCGGACAAGG